AUGGAAAAGGAAAGGGUUAAAUCGAUUGAAUCCUGUAGUAUUCAUAGCGAUGAUAAUGAAAGUGACCAAAGCCGCAUAGGUGCUAAACUGAGAAGAUUAAAAAUCCAGGAAGAUAUAUUGACUGCGUCUUCUAAUAAUAGUGCAUUAAAAUAUGACAUGGCAGGAAACGGAUAUACAGAGAGAGUAGAACUCCGAAAUUAUUUACACAAAAUAAAAAACACUUAUAUGGAAAUUAAAACUCUAUAUCAAGAUAUUAAAACAAUUACAAAGGACCGACAUAGUUUAAAAAAUACUGAUAUCGACGAUGUUAGAAAAGAUAUAUUGGAAUUGGAAAAGAAAAUGGUCGCUUUAAAAGAGUUUUCUCGUAUAGAAAUUGGUUUACUUAAGGUUGCGGAAAAGGAGCUAUUGAUACAGAUAAAUGAAAACUCUGAAGAGAAUAAGUUUAAAAAGACUCGGGUAGCAAUUAAACCAUUUAGUGAGGUAGUGCCAAGCCCCGUACGAGCAUUAAUAAACUCACCUUUUAAAUCUAUAGAAGUUCAACGAUUCCAAGAAUUUAUGAAAACUAAUAAACGUUACGGUGGAUGGGACGAGUACAAUCACAAUAUAUUUGUACACAUAUGGAUUAAAUAUUAUGGAGACGACGUUAUUGAAAAUAUAGACAAAAAAGAUCCGACUUAUCUGAAAUUUAAGGAUGAAAUUCGCGUGAAAAUUUUCGGAAUCAAUACAGAUGACGUAUACUCUCAUACAGAGUGGUACAAUGAAUAUUUAAACCUGAAAAAAUGCCAGGAAGCCGCUUUAAAUAAAUGGAGGGAAAAUAAACGGAAAAUAAAAUGUCCCCAUAAACUAAAGAGUGAUAAUGUUAAGAAUGACAUUUCUAAAGUGAUAAAAAAAAAUAGUGCUCCAGCAAUUUUCCGGCAAAGAGGUAGAUCAGCAAAACUAUCAGAAACUGAAGAUGAAUUCUCUUGCGACCUGGAUGUAAGUACGUUUGGUGAAAGCUCAUCUGAAAAAGGAGUGGCUGUUGGUUGCAGAAUUAAACAACGCUCAAUUUCUCAUUUAUAUAAUUCGACAAAACAAUGGACGAGGAGGUGUCAGAAUAAUGAAAUAAAAGAGAGUCGAAAUAAUAAUAUUGAUGGAAUUGAAAAACUGAAGAUACCAAGCUGGCGUCUUGAUAUACAGUAUUAA